CUCCCAAGCCCAUAUAUGGACCCAAACAUUAUUGCUGCCUCUUCAACCUCAAAUAUCCAAUCUUUCUCAAUACAAUUUCAUAUUUUCAACUUGUUAAGUCUGUCAAAUACCAACCCACUUUACAACAUCACCAGAGCAACAAACAGUGAGAAUCCCUCAUCAAUCAAACCCUUCUCCAUAAUAUUCCCUCAAAAAGUCAUGUCAGAAUCCAAUAUUAUUGAAAAUCAUUCUUACCCACCUAUAUUUCGCUCACCAUUCAAUGACACGACCAGAAAACUCGACCUGAAAGACGAGCAGGGAGAAGGGGCAGAGAGUACAGGGACCUUAGACCCUCUGCCCCUACCCCUGCCCUUAAUUGAUUUCCAGUGUUUGGACGAUGAAAAACUCGACACGGCAUGCAAGGAAUGGGGAAUAUUUAGGUUGGAGAAUCAUGGGGUUCCAAGUAGUCUAUUGAGGCAGCUACAGGAGCAUGCCAAAACGUUGUUUCGGCUACCCUUUGAAGCCAAACAAGGCCUUGCUAAAAGAUGCCCUAUAAAAUACUUUUGGGGUACCCCUGCCCUUACUUCUUCAGGGGUAGCCCUUCUAAGAACAAGUGAUGCCCUUAAUAUGGAUUGGGUUGAAGGUCUUAAUGUUCCUGUUUCUCAACUUCAUCAACAUCUCCAACACAUUCAUCAUGAUCCCUUGAUUAAUGAUUUCAGAGACUUAUUGGAAGACUAUAGAGGACAUCUAACGAGAAUAGCCUCCACAUUAUUUGAAGCCAUGAUUAACAACCUCAAACUUGAUUUACAACAAGUUAAACCAUGUUUAGACGAAUCAACGGGGUUAAUUCGAGUUUACCGGUACCCUCGUCAUACAAUUAACGAGCAUGUUAAGGGUUUGCAUGAACACACAGACAGUUCUAUUAUCUCAAUAUUGAGUGAAGAUCAAGUAGGAGGCCUCCAACUUUUGAAGGAUGAUAAGUGGCUCAAAGUUGAGCCUAUCCCAAACACAUUGGUUGUUAAUCUCGGAGAUAUGAUGCAGGUUUUGAGUGAUGACGAGUAUAAGAGCGUGAAGCACAAGGUAGAGCUAAACAAAAACAAGGAAAGAGUGUCAAUAGGCUAUUUUGUGUUCCCAGAAGAGAACACUUUGAUAAAUAGCUCAAAAUACAAGCCUUUUAGUUACAACCAAUUUCGAGCUCAAGUUCAACAAGAUAUCAAAUUACAUGGUACUAAAAUUGGGCUCCAAAACUUCAAGCUUCCCCAUACAAGUCAGACUGUAUAAUCCUUGAUUAACUGUCAUACGACUCAUACCAUGCUCAGUAAAUUGUUAACUAGAUAUGAGAUGUGGACUAUUGUAAUUUGUAAGUAAUGCUCAAUCCGGACAAGAUAAUAAUGUUAUAAUUUCCAAAUAUAGUUUUUUUUCCCCAGUGGAAGUUUACCUUUUCCCGUAAACUAAA